CGUCGCGGGUUGCAGUGUUGGUGCCGCGGUGAGCCGCGGGCGCAGGGAUAAGCCGGUGGACGCGCGCGAUGCUAUCGCUCGGUCGUGGAUAGUAGUCGCCUGAAGCCGGUCCGUUGGCUGUUCCUCGCGUAACGGUGACAAGUGUUGUUUCGGUGACUCGCAAGAGAGAUCGGAGUGAUCGCGUGCACGGCGUACGUGACCAGAGGAGGAAAGAGCGUGCCUGAUUUCGGCGGUCCUCGACGGUAUGGCAGCGGUGUCGUGUCGAGCGAUCUUCGUCGUGAGGUGGUGCGAGACGAGCCGCGGCGCGCUGACCGCCACGUCCCGCCUGGCCUCGACGAGGAGGUACCAAGAGGAAACAUGGUGCAGACGAUGGUGGCACAUUUCUCAAAGGAGUCUUUCAUUGUCGGCCGGUUCCUACUCGCCGAGAUUAAAUCCGCUUCUGAUGAAGCAACUGAAGGAGCCUAAGAUCACGGAAAGACAAGCGAAGAAAACUGCGAGGGUCACGUCUGCGGAAAAUGUGGAGGUCGAAAGCGUCCCAUCAGCCGGUUCGGACGUUACUGUGGCGUAUCACCGGGGGCUUCCUAGGAUCACGGUGCCCCUUCCAUCCAGAAGAGAGCAUUGUUCGUUCACCAUGAAGCCGAUUACGAACACGGUCGGCAAUUUUCUAGAGAUGUUGAAGACCGAGGACCGUGGCAUCGAUCGAGCAUGUUUGACAUCGUUAGAUGGUGUCAGGAUAGCUUCCAGUAACACGAUAGAAUCGCUUUUAGAGGAGGAUUUCAAAUUGAUAAUAAACGAUAACGAAUACACUGUGUCCCCGCCGUUGCAAGAAAGGUGCACGAUAGAGGAUUUGCAGAAGCUCGGAGACGUGCAAGCUCUCGUCAGCCAAUUGCACGAGGCGUUCCACGUGCGAGAACACAACGCCGAGAUGGAGAGAUCGGUCGUUGCCGAGCUGGAGAACAUUAGAUUGCAGCUGGUGCCCCUCGAGCAGAAAUUGCAAGAGAUACAAAACGCGGCUUACAAGAGGGCGAAUUUUUUUGUCUGGACUUUCCUAGUUAUGAUGUCUAUCCAAUUCGGGGCUCUGGCCAGAUUAACCUGGUGGGAAUAUUCCUGGGAUAUCAUGGAACCCGUCACUUAUUUCGUCACUUAUGGCACUACUAUGAUGUGGUUCAUUUAUUAUCUCGUGACCAGACAGGAAUACAUGUUGCCGGACGUGUUAAAUAGACGUCAUCUCAUAGUGCUUCACAGAAGAGCGCGAAAGGUCGGUCUGGACCUUAACUUGUACAACGCGCUGAAAGACCGGGCCUACGAACUUGAGACCACUCUGAAAAUUAUUCGCGGCCCCCUGUACCAGUACAAGACGGAAAUGCAGAGAAAGCAACGCUCCCGGUCCAGCUCGAGCAGCUCAAGAUCGCCAAGUUCCUCUCCUAGUCCGAGUCCUAGUCCCAAAAGAGACGUUCCCAAGGCAACGUCGGAACGUCUCGAACGCUCCGAAGAGAUAUCUCAACGAGGGGUUUGAAGUUAAUGUCAAUUCGAGAGAGGCAUGAUGACCGCAGUAAUGGACUCAAUGAUCGCUUAUAUUGACGCUUAUCCUUUUAUCCUCUUCCAAAGUAUCGGAUAUUCGCACCCCGAAGAGAUUUCUUCGAGUACGAGAGCGAUGCACUCAGGGUAAUUUUUAAGCCGAUCGUAAAGUCGAUGCUUACACGGUCGAACGAUGCGAGACGAAAGAAAACAGGUAAUUUAUUUUUAUGUUUGCGUGCGUUUGGGUAUAAAGAUGUUCGUGAUAUCUCAGAUCUCGACUAAGUCUUCCAAGUAAUACCCAUAGUAGGCGGCAACCAAUCCUCGUCGCGCGACGCGAUUUUAAAGCGCGACGAUUAUCGAGUGCUCAACGCUGUCGACUGUGUUUGGAAGACAUUAGAGAAUGGUGUAGGAGACAAAUUACGUUGGGCGUCAUAAAUGUUUUAAUGCUGCUAUCGCUAGAUGAGCACCUUUCGAAUCAGCUAGCACUUGGCAAGAGUUACAUUUUACAAAGAUUUUAUAAAAGUGAAAAUGAAAAUAAUAUAUAUAUAUCUAUUUGAAGCACGAUGUGUGUCAAAUGUUAGUUGUUGUCGCUCGGCGUCAUCUUUAUCAUGGACAGUUUUGGAGUCAUUUAUUUCCACGGCACGUUCUUUCCGAAAGUGCCUCUAGAAAAUCUAUCACAAGCGUUGACGCAUUUAUGACGCCUGGUACACACGUAUGCUAUUUUCACUAACUCUCUGUUUAAAGUAUUUAAAGUAAUCGAGGAGUUGCUUCCUAAAGGAUGUCUGAUUAUUGUUGUGAAUUAUCUUAUCACUUUACCGGCCGAUCUUAGCCAUCACCAAUUCAACGUGUCAUAAUCGAUAUCUCCCACGCAUGGAAUUAUACAGUUGUAAUAACGUUAGUAAAUCCGAUUGAAUUCGUUGUAUAAGUAAGAAAUAGCAGUUUAGAAAUAGAUGUAUAAUUAAUAAUGAACAAGCUAUGAAAAGAUGAAGUCUAUGAAACGGUAAAGUGUUAAGUCAGUUAAAUGUAAAUUAUGUAUAUAAUUAUAUCAUAUCUGCACAAUUAUAUACAAUGAUUGUGUAUAUAAAAAGACGUAUAUGAACAAACUUGAACAAACAAGAAUGUAUUAUAAGAAUAUUGUAAUAUAUCAGGUAAUUCAGGCAAAAACAAAUAAGAAACUAUAAGUUAAUACACAAAGUAAAAGCACAUAUUUUUUAAUUCUAUUUUAUUUAAUGUUAUGCGAAUAUAUUAAAUACUCUACAUAUGAUAUCUGAAGACGAGCGAAGAUUGUGCAAACAUUCUGCAAAUGUUAAAGUAAAUUGCUUUGGUAAUUGGAAAUUCUAUAGUUCGUAAUAAUUGCGAAUCGAAUUAUAAUUCAACAGCAGAGUUGUCGAUAUUGAACUUAUUGAGAUACUUGAGCCUCUACUUGAGAGUAUAGUAUCGAAAAUAAUGCCGUUGAUUGUUCACAAAGUGGUAUUACGAUAAACGUUAAUGUUAUUGUAUAUACACAAUUUUUCAUAAAAUCAACGAAAUAGUGUACUAAUGUUUAACAACGUAACGUAAUUUAAUGUAUUUUAGUGACUCGGUCACACUAUAAAAAUAGUAUUAAUACAUAGGCAUUAUUACUGAUCUUUCUCUCAUCAAUUUUACAUCUAAAUCAAUCUAAAGCAUGAGCAUGAGUAAAAGUCUAUGCGAGAGAACGCUCUAGAAAUCUAGAAGUAUAGUGAAAAAUCAUUUCUAGUUUUUAAAUAAUCAAAUUCUAUUAUAGAGAAUCAACUCAAUAUAUGGUCCAAAAACUAAAAAGCACUUACAACAUUUAUCACUUUAGCACUGUUGCUCUUAAUAGAAGCAGUACGAGUAACACUAGUUACUAUUAAUACUGUUAUUUAGCUAUUAGCGCAGUUUUCAUGAAAGUACUGUAACGUAAGAAUCCACUUUAACGUAGAUUACACUUUAAAACCUACGGAACUUUUUCUCGCUUUCUAUCUGAAAUCUAUCCGUCCGCUUUAAGAUAGUUUGUUAAAUAAAUAGCUUUACUUGUCUCGUACUUGUUACAAUUUUUCCAGAUUGAUGGCAUCGUUCUCUUUCAUGUUAAUACGAUGCAAAAUCUAUCUUUAUGAUUAUCUAUUUUCUGUUAAGAUUUCAAAUAUAUUUUGAAUUUCUUAUGUCUUAUGUGAAAUUAUCCUUAUAUCAUCUAUUAAGAAAGAGAAAGAGAGAAAAAGAUAUCUCGAAAUUAAAUAAUAGGCAACCCCAAAAUUAAGAUUAGGCAUAAAUUAAAACUUGACGCUAACAUUAGAUGCCAAUGCUUUUGUACAUCAAGAAAAAGGAGCCGUAAAAGACGCGCAUUUACACGCGUAGAGCAUUUUCAUUACUCUUUAUCGCAAGUUUAUCGAAUUUUUCGGAGAAAAAAAAACAUACGUUUCGAGCGAAGAGUUAGUAAAAUUUACAAAUCUAUAAAUAUAUAUAUAUGAAUAAGAGAGAGGAUAAUUAUCUACAGUAGCGUAACUGAAAGUAUUGCUUUUCUAUUUCUCAUCAUCUCACCCAUGCAAUUAUCUUCCUUAAAAAUAUUCGUAAAAAUUUUAUAGAUAUAUUUAUGUGUGUACACACACAGCCACACAGGUAUUACGCAUACAAUAUUUACGCACACGUUAUUUUGCGAGUGAUACUAUUGUAACGCAUAUUCUAUAAGCUUCAACGCCUAAUUCUCGAUUGGUGCAUCAAUAGAUAAUCAAAGUUAGUUGUAUUAAGAUAUUUAAGAUAUUUGCGUACACUCUACACUCAUAGCCAUAAAACGUAAAGAGAAGGAAAGAACUAGUCGAAAAAUGUCAACGUUGUUGACAAAUUUAAUGCCAACUACUUUAACGCUACUACUUUCUUCUAUCACAGAACGAAAUCUGAUUUAAGUCAUGCAAAAUCAUUUUGACGAGUUACACAGAAUCGUUUAUAUAUAUAAACGAUUAUAUAUAUAUAUAUAUUUUAUAUCAGUAUAUCAUUUUCAAGUGUUCAAACCAUCGAAAUCUGUGCGUCCAAUCCGACGAAUUUAUAAAGAUCUGACUCUCUGUACAUAUACAUAUACAAAAGAAAAUUGUUAAAUUUACCUAUGACAUGUCAUCGAGCAAAUGUUGUAUCGAAAUAUAUCUCGAAGAAUUGUGCAGCAAUUUGAAAUAAAUAUGCUGAAAAUACACGUGUACACAAACAUGUUUAUUUGUAUUUUAACAUGUACAUAUAUUACUACGAUUAAUGCAUGAGUAUUUAUUCAAGGCGGAGAUGUGCUGUGAUUUACGUCCAAUGUAUUUACUUCCAUGUGAAGAAACUUGGAAAUAUAGUAAAAAUAUAAAUAUAUGCAAUAUUAAAUCGA